AUGCCAAUUUCUAGAAGCUCUAAAUCAAAUUUAUGGCCAAUUUUAAUUUCAAUAGUAAAUAUUCCAAUAUUAUCAAAAUAUGUUAUGCCGGUUGGAAUAUAUUAUGCUAGAUUUAAAAAACCAGAAUCAUUUUUUGAAUAUUUAGACUCUUUUAUGACUGAAAUGAAAAGUAUUAUUUCUAAUGGCCUAUGUUUAAAUGGUAAAAUUUACAAUUUUUUUAUAAGCCAAAUAAUUUGUGAUGCUCCAGCAAAGGCAUUCAUGUUAAAUGUUAAAUCUUUUAAUGCCUAUCAUAGUUGUAAUUAUUGUAUUGAAGAAGGCACGUUUAUUAAUGGUAGGUUGUCAUUUUUAGGAGUAUCCUCUCCUUUAAGAACUGACGAUUCAUUUAGGUCAAAAGAAGAUGAGGAUUACCAUAAAGGAUCUAGUCCUUUAGAAUGUUUUCCAAUUAAUAUAGUAUCAACUGUUGUUCUAGACUAUAUGCAUUGUGUCUGUCUUGGGGUCAUGAAACGUUUACUUACUUUUUGGGUAAAAGGAAAAAAACCUAUUAGGUUUAAAAGUCCUGAAAUAGUGUCUGAUAUUUCUUCACAACUGAUUGACAUAAAACCAUACUUUCCUUCAGAGUUUAAUAGAUUACCGCGAAGUUUGGAUGAAUUAGAAUUUUUUAAAGCUACAGAAUUCAGGACCUUUCUUUUGUAUACAUCUUUAAUUGUAUUAAAAGGAAGAUUAGCAAAACCAUUUUUUCAACAUUUUAUGUUAUUUCAUUGUGCCAUAAAAAUUUUAAUAAGUAAUGAUUUGUAUAUCACACAUAAUACUAUAGCCAAAAAUUUACUUAUUUCAUUUGUCUCUCAAUAUCCUACCUUAUACGGUUAUGAAUAUGUUACAUAUAAUGUACAUGGAUUAAUUCAUUUGGCUGACUUCACACUUCAACAUGGUCCUCUUGACAAGUUUAGUGCAUUUAAAUAUGAAAACUGUUUACAAAUUAUCAAAAAACUGUUAAAAAUGCCAGGUAUCCACUACAAGAUGUAUACAAUAGAGUAG